AUGCCUGCACCCCGUCGGCGGAGAGGAUCUUAUGGAAGCAUUCAAGAUUCGGAUAGUGAUGGUGGGAGAGAUGACGUUGAUAGCUAUGGCUACGAUUCCCAAGAACAGUUUCUGUUUCAGGACGAACCAAAACUGCCGUGGAAGACUAUAUAUUUUGUAAUAUUUUUCCUAAUUAUGGGAAUGAUUUGCAUGACAACAGCUGGACUCCUUUUUCUGGAGAUUCUAGACCAAACCCACGUUGACCGUGCGUCUCCAUUACUUAUUCUUGGCUCCCUAUUGUUGAUCCCAGGUGGCUAUUACAGUUAUAUUCUGACGUCAAUCUUAAUGAAACGCGAAGGUUUCUCGUGGGAAGACAUUCCAGAGAUUUGAAAUGAACGCUGUUAAUGCAAUACAUAUAUUUCGAGCAUAUUCCUUACUUAUUUGUGUAUGUAUGUAUAUAUUUUGAUCGAUUGUAAGUACAUGCAUAUGUAUG